AUGUCCGUCGUCCGCCGCAUUGUCCAAAAUCCGACAGUAACAAAGGCGUUCAUUCGUUAUCCAGUCGGAAGAGAGCCUUGCUCACUCCCACCUAUCAUUAUCAACCCAAUGUAUAUGGAUAGAAUCGAUCGCCGCCCAAUACCUCUGCGCUACAGAGUCACGGCGCUGAUCGAGAUGUGUAAUCUGGACGAAGCCGCCACGAUGUCGCACCUCGCUGUAGAGGACAGGUUUCGUAACGACAGAGACACGGUGUUCAUCUGCAAUUCCGUAAUCGGAGCCAUGUGCGAGGCCAAACGGUACGGCGAAGUCAUCUCUCUGUUCAAUUACUUCUUCAACGAGUCUCAGAUCCUCCCAAACACGCUCUCUUGCAAUCUCAUCAUGAAAGCACAUUGCGACCAAGGCCGUGUCGACGUGGCUCUUGAGCUUUACCGUCACAUGGUCCUCGACGGACGUGUGUCUCCAGGGAUAGCGACGUACGAGAUACUCACGGAAGCCUUGGUUGUUGCCAAAAGAUUCGACGAAGCUUGUGCUUUAGAGAGAUCAAUGAAACGUCGUAGUUUCAUGGUCUACGACAUUCUCAUCCGCGGGUUCUUGGAUGCUGGGAGAUUCCUAGAGGCUAGCCAAAUCUUUGAGGAACAGAAAGAACCCAACACUACUAGACUUCCAUGGAGAGAAUACGACAAGGCAAUCGCAGUCUUUAGUGCUUCGUUUAUGAGGUAUUGGUUCAGGCAAGGCAAAGAUGAGGAAGCUAUGGAGAUUUACAAGGGUUUGGACAAGCUUUUGUUGCAGGUGAAUCCCAUUGUCGGGAACAGGGUUUUGCAAGUCUUGGUGGAGCACGGUAAGAAGACAGUGGCUUUGGACUUGUUUGAGGAGAUGGAAUGUAACUCCGAGACGCUUGACAUAAUAUUUAAGGGUUUCAGUGACACGAUUAUCCCCUUCAACUUCCACUCGCUAUGGCUACAUGUAGGUUUGUAUAGGACGAUGAUCAAGCGUCUCUGCGAACAAGGACGCGUGUCCGAGGCAGAGAAGCUCUUUGCUAAGGUGUUUAAGGACGUUGAGAGAGACGAGCACCUGAUGGCGGCGGGACCUGACGUUUCCACAUUCAGAGCAAUGAUCAAUGGCUAUGUGAAGGUGGGGAGAGUCCACGAUGCUAUGCAAAUGCUGGACGAGAUGAAGGUUUCUACUCUAAGAAAGCUUGCUAUUCAUCGAGCCUCAUGA